AUGUGUGCUGGAGCUGCAUCCAGUCAGGAGGAGAAGCCAUUGACCUCCAAGUCCGGAGAAGCUUUGAGCAGCAUUGCCGUUGCCCAUCUCCGGGCUUUCGAGGCGCAAUUUCAUUUUCGCGGAGCUCUCGCGGCGAUUGGUGGGGUUCUGUUGUUGGCAGGCUGCUUUUGGGCAGCUGUGCGAUUCUUGACUUCGCAGAGCUACCUCGUCCCUAUCCUGGCGGGUGUUGUCUGUAUUGCUAUUUCUGCCGCAGCCGAUCCUCAGGGAUUGCUGACACAUCUUCCAGAGGAGGUGCAAGAUUUCCUCCUCAACAGACGUAUCUUCGACAUCAUUCACGAUGAUUCGCCGGUCACCAAUGCCAUCCGCAAGUGGGGCCGUGUACAGUUGCUGGCUAUGCAGAGCGGAUCAUCGGAAGGAGCCGUGCGAGAAAUCGUUCAGAGCAUGGGCCCAGACUUCGUGAACUUCGUGCUUUGCAGGAGUUUUCUCAGCUUCUUUCCUUCUCUCCUGCAGCAGUUGAUGCUGCCGACAGCCCUUCCUCUCGGAGCUGAUGAGGGCGUCUCGGCAGGCAAGUCCAAGUCGGGCCUUGCCAGGCCAGCUGCCAGAUCUGAUACUUGGCCUCAAGAGGAUGGGCGCCAGGGCGCACCUCCAAUCUCUUGGAUUUUGCGCUUCCUCCAGCAGAGGAAUGAGGCCAAGAUGCAGAAAGUCACAGAGCCCGAGCUUCUCCCGCUUGUGGUUCCGAACAUUUUCGCUGUCCUUACAGAGCGAUCGAGGACAUUUGCUCAUUCGUUGCUGCACAAGCUCAAGGUAUGUGCUGCCGCAGCUGGAGCUGGCUGGGUGGUGUACGCUGCAACGCUUUUCCGCGGCUUUGGCAGCAAGGCCAUGCUUGAGAGUCUGGCCUCUGGGGGGCUGGGCGUCGUGGUGAAAGACGGGGAGGAGGGCCGAAAGAAGGCUCGUCUGGCCGCGGUCCUGGGCCUGCUCAGUGCAGGCGGUGCAAUCGUGGUCGGAAUGUCUUUCGAGCGCUUCAACCGUCGUCCGAAGGAUCCCAGGAGUCUUCAGCCGUCGACAGAUCGGCCUUUCGAGCCCGAGCGCGAAGCAUCUCCUCCAAGCUCAGAGGUGUCCUGA